CUUUCUCCUCCUGGCUUUGCUGGUGGGAAAACUUUGGAGCCAGAAGAAGAGAAGGAAGGAAGGAAGGAUCCUUUUGCGUCACUGAAGAAGAAGAAAGACAGGAGGGAGGAAGAAGGAGGAGAAGGAGGAGAGGAAGAAGAGGGAGAGAGAGAGGUCUGCAAGGACGGGAGAGAGCCAGAGGGAUUUGGGGAGACCCAGAGGCCAAACGAGGACAACCUGUGCUUUGCAGGGCAUUUUGGAAAAACAGCUUCAUUGUGCAUCCAAUGGAUUGCCUCGUCAGAAGAUCUGUAUGAAAGCCAAACAUGUGGAUGUGUCUCUUUGGAUGAAGAUUGCUGAAGAAUGCAUAAUUUUAUUAGAAGGCAAACGGUUCAGGAAUAACCUGUUUGCAAGAUAAAUCUGACAUAGACAUGACAGUGUUUUGGCUCUGCGUGGAUCCGGCGGAGGCCUAUAUAACAUGAAAAUUUUUUUGAAAUAAACCAAAAAUGUUGUUCGUCUGGCCCUAAGCACGUCGUUCCGGAUACCUCCAGACUGUGAGUUCCAGGAAAGUCUGCUCAACUCACCUUUUAAACAUACAGUUCCUAUAUAGCAACCAAAGUGUAAUGGACCUGCAGAUUGGGUUCCUUCCAGGAAACUCUGUCCAACGCUCAACUCUUCCUGUACAGAUCGAGGUGUAACCUACCCGCGGAAGUUUUCCAUAUCUGGAGGAGACACCGCACACUGGGGAUUUAUAGUCCUGGCCAUGGCUUUGAAAGCGAGGGCACUCUACGACUUCCAGAGCGAAAACAAGGAGGAGAUCAGCAUCCGAGAGAACGAGGAGUUGGUCAUCUUCAAUGAGAACUCCUUGGACGGUUGGUUGCAGGGGACCAACAGCCGCGGAGAAACGGGUCUGUUCCCCGCUUCCUACGUGGCGGUCCUCCGUCCACGGUCGGCCUCAGCGUAUACGGAUUACUCCAACAGCCCUUCGGGUUCUCCUGGAAAUCACUCGUCCAUUUCCGUCCCGCCGUCCAACACUAGUGUCUCCCAUCAGGGUAGCUUUGAAGAUGACGACGAUGACGACUGGGACGAUUGGGAUGAUGGUUGCACGGUGGUGGAGGAGCCUCGGAGCGGGCCGGGUACCAACGGCCACCCGUCUCCGAACUCGUCCUACCUGAGGCCGUACUCCUAUCCGAACCAUCAAGGCUACCGUCCGAAACCGUCUCUGGAAAGGCAGGACAGCAUUGGGUCUUCCAAACGGGGUAGCGUGGUGGGACGCAACCUCAACCGCUUCUCCUCCUUCGUCCGCUCCGGAGUGGAGGCCUUCAUCUUGGGGGACGUCCCCAUGAUCUCCAAGAUCGCCGAGAUGUAUUACGUCGAUAUGGGACCCAAAGGUCCCCAAUGGAGGCCCAGCCCGCACCCGUUGGUGUGUUCGGUGGAGGACCCCACCAAGCAGACCAAGUUCAAGGGCAUCAAGAGCUACAUCUCCUACCGGCUGAUGCCCAGCAACACCCAGUCGCCCGUCUACCGGCGGUACAAGCACUUCGAUUGGCUCUACAACCGGCUGCUGCACAAGUUCACCGUCAUCUCAGUGCCCCACUUACCCGAGAAGCAAGCCACGGGGCGCUUCGAGGAGGACUUCAUCGAGAAGCGGAAGCGGAGGCUGAUCUUGUGGAUGGACCAUAUGACCAGCCACCCAACCCUCUCCCAAUACGAGGGCUUCCAACACUUCUUGACUUGCCGGGACGACAAACAGUGGAAGAUGGGCAAGCGCCGGGCGGAGAAGGACGAGUUGGUGGGUGCCAGCUUCCUCCUGACCCUCCAGAUCCCCACCGAACACCAAGACCUCCAAGACGUGGAGGACAGAGUGGACACCUUCAAGGCCUUCAGUAAGAAGAUGGACGACAGCGUCCUCCAGCUGACCAACGUGGCUUCGGAGCUGGUGAGGAAGCACGUCGGGGGUUUCCGGAAAGAGUUCCAGAAGUUGGGGAACGCCUUCCAAGCCAUCAGUCAGUCCUUCCAGAUGGACCCACCAUACAGCUUCGAUGCCCUCAAUGGUGCCAUCUCUCACACGGGCAAGACUUACGAAACGGUGGGCGAAAUGUUUGCCGAACAACCCAAGAAUGACUUAUUCCUCAUGUUGGACACGCUUUCCUUGUACCAAGGACUCCUCUCCAACUUUCCUGACAUUAUCCAUCUUCAGAAAGGAGCCUUUGCCAAGGUGAAGGAGAGCCAGCGGAUGAGCGACGAAGGCCGGAUGGAGCAGGACGAGGCGGACGGGAUCCGGAAGCGCUGCCGUGUGGUGGGCUUCGCUCUCCAGGCGGAGAUGACCCACUUCCACGAGCGGCGGGUCUCGGACUUCAAGAAGAUGAUGCAGUCGUACCUCAGGCAGCAGAUCCUCUUCUACCAGAGGGUCAGCCAGCAGCUGGAGAAGACCCUGCGCAUGUACGACAACCUCUAGCCACCCCCUCCCGGAAUAAACAAACGCCGGCCCUUUAAGGCCAGGGACGUCGUGCUCUCAACUUGGGCAACCUUCGGCCCUCCAGGUGUUUUGGACUACAACUCCCACAAUUCCUAACAGCCGGUAGGCUGUUAGGAAUUGUGGGAGUUGAAGUCCAAAACACCUGGAGGGCCGAAGGUUGCCCAUGCCAUGUUCCAGAAGCACUCUCUCCUGACGUUUUGCACACAUCUAUGGCAGGCAUCCUCAGAGGUUGUGAGGUCUUUUGGAAUCUAGGAAAAUAAGUUUUAAUAUCGGUGGAAUGAUGUCCAGGGAGGGAGAACGGACUCUUGUCUGUUUGAGGCAAGUGUGAAUGUUGCAAUUGGCCAGCUUUAUUAGCAUUGAAUGGCCUUGCAGCUUCAAAGCCUGGCUGGAUGUUGUCUGGGAGGAUCCUUUGUUGGGCCUGAUUGAUUCAUGUCUGGAAUUCGCCUGUGUUCCCCAGAUAGCAACCAUUGGCAAUUAAAUGUUUGAAUUGGCGACCUUGAUUAGCAUUGAAUAGACUUGCAGCUUCAAACCUGGCUGGUUGCUGCCUGGGAGGAUCAUUUGUUGGGAGGUGUUAGCUGGCCCUGAUUGAUUCUUGUCUGAAAUUCCCCUGUGUUCCCUAGGUAGCAACCAGCCAGGCAGUUAACUGUUGCAGUUGGUGACCUUGAUUAGCAUUGAAUGGCUUUGCCUCUUCAAAGCCUGGCUGGUUGCUGCCUGGGAGGAUCCUUUGUUGGGAUAUGUUAGCUGGCCCUGAUUGAUUCAUGUCUGAAAUUCCCCUGUGUUCCCCAGGCAGCAACCAGCCAGGCAAUUAAAUGUUGCAGUUGGCUACCUUGAUUAGAAUUGAAUGGCCUUGCAGCUUCAAAGCUUGGCUGCUUGCUGCCUGGGAGGAUCCUUUGUUGGGAGGUGUUAGCUGGCCCUGAUUGAUUCUUGUCUGAAAUUCCCCUGUGUUCCCCAGGUAGCAACCAGCCAGGCAAUUAAAUGUUGCAGUUGGUGACCUUGAUUAGCAUUGAAUGGCCUUGCAGCUUCAAAGCCUGGCUGGUUGCUGCCUGGAAGGAUCAUUUGUUGGGAGGUGUUAGCUGGCCCUGAUUGAUUCUUGUCUGAAAUUCCCCUGUGUUCCCCAGGUAGCAACCAGCCAGGCAGUUAACUGUUGCAGUUGGUGACCUUGAUUAGCAUUGAAUGGCUUUGCCUCUUCAAAGCCUGGCUGGUUGCUGCCUGGGAGGAUCCUUUGUUGGGAUAUGUUAGCUGGCCCUGAUUGAUUCUUGUCUGGAAUUCCCCUGUGUUCUCUACGCAGCAACUAGCCAGGCAAUUAAAUGUUGCAAUUGGCUACCUUGAUUAUCAUUGAAUGGCCUUGCUGCUUCAAAGCCUGGCUGGUUGCUGCCUGGGAGGAUCCUUUGUUGGGAGGUGUUCACUGGCCCUGAUUGAUUCAAUUCUGGAAUUCCCGUGUUCCCCAGGCAGCAACCAUUAAGGCAAUUAAAUGUUCGAAUUGGCCACCUUGAUUAGCAUUGAAUAGCCUUGCCUCUUCAAAGCCUGGCUGCUUGCUGCCUGGGGCAUCCUUUGCUGGGAGGUGUUAGCUGGCCCUGUUUUAUUCUUCUCUGGAAUCCCCUUGUUUUCCAGACAAAAAUAGAUCAGGGUCGUCUUAACACCUCCCAACAAAGGAUCAUCCCAGGUAGCUACCAGCCAGGCUUUGAAGCUGCAAGGUCAUUAAAUGCUAAUCAAGGUGGCCAACUGCAACAGUCAUACAAAGAGUUCUUUCUCUCACCCUGGACAUUAUUCCACAGAUACAUAAACCCUAUUAUCCUAGUUUCCAACAGACCUCACAACCCUUACCAUAGAUGCAGGUGAAACGUCAGGAGAGAAUGCUUCUGGAACAUGGCCAGAUAGUCCGGAAGACUCACAGCGACCCAAUGGUCACGACGGAUUGGAGGAGGACGAAUGGGACACAAGGGCGAUCCCAAGGAAUGGGACUUCCUUCCAUGUCAAGACAGGGUCUUCCAGCUUUCCCGGCUGCAGUGUUUACAAAAAGAGACCUCAAAGCGAACCUGUAUCAGGAACUUCGAAACGGGACGCUGUAUUCGUUUUAUUCGGAUUGGGGACCCCCCUUCUCCACUUCCCUCUCUUUCUUCUCAGGCUUGAUUUUUCUAGAAUGACACCAUUGAAGAGAUCAUAAACACCCCCUUCUUCUCUUUCCCCCAAAUCAGUGGAAUCAGGAUCACUUUGCACACUUGGAGAUCUAGAACAUUUGUGAGGGCAAAGGGUAGAUUUCUAUUUUUGGCGCACCAAAACGGAUCUUUUAAAGAACUGCCACACAUCUUUGUACAUGGAGAUAACUGUGGAAUUGUUGUUAUUUUUUUUUUGUAUCCUGAGUUCAAAAACAACACUUGGAAAUGG